UGGCAGUAUCGUGUGCUAACGAGAUCACAGAACUUAGGCAAAUGCAACUUCUGCCGCCAACUGACAAUAAAUUUGUUCCGAAGAUCGAACCAGAGGGGUCAGAUGAUGAAAAUGACUCGGAAGUUAGCUCGGAAGAGAUUUCCACAACAACAAACUGUUCGCUUAGUCCAGAUUCUCAGUCAGUGGAACAAAAGGGAACGAAGAAAUCAGGAGUUGGAGUUCGCAGACAAGAAAAACCACCAUAUUCAUAUAUUGCUUUGAUCGUUAUGGCCAUCCAAGCGUCACCGAAUAAAAGAUGCACAUUGAGUGAAAUAUAUCAAUUUUUACAGCAACGUUUCCCAUUCUUCAGAGGAGCUUACCAAGGUUGGAAGAAUUCAGUUCGACAUAAUCUCUCUCUCAAUGAAUGCUUCAUAAAGUUACCUAAAGGUCUGGGACGUCCGGGAAAAGGACAUUAUUGGACUGUCGAUCCAGGAGCAGAGUUCAUGUUUGAGGAGGGGUCCUUCAGAAGAAGACCAAGGGGUUUCAGAAGAAAAUGUCAAGCCUUAAAACCCUUCGGAAUGCUAGGGAUGAAUGGAGCACCGAACAUGAUGGGACCACAUUAUGAUCUUUUUCACCAAAAUAGUAAUAUGAAUGCAAUGAAUAUGCCAUGCACUGGAGGUGUUCCGCAGUCGUACGACACAAACAAUCAUAUCAUGCCGUCUGCUACUUCUUCUCUACCUCACUGUAACUAUACAGCUAUGGGACAACAAAGUCCGAAUGUCAACGUAAAUUGUAGCUUUAAUAUGACAGUAAAUGGCCGUUAUGGCUCUUCCGGCUGUGGUAUGCCUGGUUUAGAAAAUGACUAUAUGACAAAUUCAAAUAAUUUGACACCUUCGAUGUAUGAAAGAGACCAUAAUACAAUGCAAAACAUUUCUAAUUCAUGGAACGCACAAAGAGCUUAUUUAAAGCAGCAACAGAUGAGUCCUUCCGGAAGCACUGGUUCCAUCCAUAGUAUGUCGCCUUCUAGUUCCGGUGACCAUUCUCCAUACGGACCAAAUCCACCAAGUUCAUCAGAAGCCAUGGAUUUAGCACUAGCCGGUAUGAGACUACAGAACCCAGUUUAUAACCAGACCACUUCAUGUGACCGAAAGCCAUAUGUCUACUAUGGCUCAAACGGAAUGUCAUCAACACUCCACCCUGCAUAUUAUGAAAAGUGCUCAAUGUAACAACCAGAUGCUAUGUUAGAAAAAGGGACAACUGGCAGCAAUUUAGAAACCGAAAAAGAACAGCAAAAGACAAUUUUUCCUGAUUUUUUCAAAGUUGUGUACAGAAUUAUUUUGUUGUAAGAAACUGUUGUACUUUGCUAUUGUCGACGCACAUUGUAAUUGUUAGACUACAGAUAUACAAAUUAUAAAUUA